ACAGUUACCUCAAAAAUAUUUCCUCUCCCUCUUUUGCCUUUCACAGGUAUACCAACUUUUCUAAGGACUGCCUCCCCUCUCCCAACUGGACAUGGCAAUAUUUUUUUCUCAGAAAAUGAUGGAAGAUUUACAGAGAAGGACCAGUUAGUCUCACAGAGAAUAGUCCCAUCUCUCAAGUUAAACUCUCAACAUCAAGAUCAGAACAAUGAUGAAAAAUCUGGCGCAACAAAUGGGAGCUUUUUAGUAUGGGCGGACUUAAAACUCACACUUUCAUUUGCAUGGGAGCUGCAUGUAUUUGGUUCUGCUGCCCUUUUCCUUCUACUAACUGCUGGCUCAGCCCUUGGUUUAGCAUUAACUCCCAGCUUGUACUGCCCUCACCGUGAUGAACUGGUACUCACCAAUAGCCUCUUGCUAGUAGUAGGUGCAGUUAGAGCAGGCCACUUCUUGCUCGACCCAUAUGGGACUCGGCUCCUCCUGCCACCUCCUGUUGUAAUAGCUUUAUACACGCAGCCGUUACCACUGUUAAUCCUGGCACAGGCUGCAAUAGUGAUACUGGUACUAAAAGAGACAGGUGUAACCUGCAUUCCACUAACACUUCAGCGCCCCCCUCUGUUGGGAGUGUUAGCUGUUUUCCAGUGCACUCUCCUACUUGCUGCAGACUUACUUUCCCCUGCACUUUCUCCUGCUGUUCCCAUUGUCCUACAGAGCCUCACGUUGACUGCAGGCCUGGUACUGUGUUUAGGCUACCUUUUCCUGGCACUGCCAUGCUUCUCUCAAACACAUGCUGCUUGUGGAGUAAAUAAGGCAAAGGGAGAAGGAAAGGUGCGGGUUUUAGCACGAGUACUGGCGGUGUGUGCUUUCCUUGGGGCACUUUGCUGUCUUUUGCACAUUUAUGCCUGCUUGUGGCUCUAUGGACUACUAGGAGACUGGCGGCACUUCCGUUGGGCAUGGUGGCUCUGUCAGUUCUGGGUGCGACUGUUGGAGCUUGCUUGGGCUUUCUGUCUGCUUCUGAUGUCUUCCUGGGUCUUCUGGAGACCCAACCAAGCCCACAUAUGUGGAGCACCUAGACAGGAAGGAGCUGCUACUGAAAGCUUGCCAUUACCAUCUCAGUCAUCAAAUUCUAAUAGCAGACACACAUGCUGGGCGAAGUUUGUGCAGAGCCUCAAGGUAAGGCAACAAAGGAAAUCUGAAAGCAAUGGGAUUGGAGGGUCAAAUAGUGGUGCAGUGACCAUAGAGUUGCCUAACAACUGGGCAGGACAGGAGCUAUCAGGGGCAGACAUUAGCAAGAGACUCAUACGAAAUUGUGAUCCACUCCAAGACAGCAAUAAUUUACGCAAUCUGCAAAGCUUUGCAGGGGGCUCUGCAGGUUCAUUGCUAAGGUUGCAGGCACUUGCUCAGCCACAUCAGUGCUCUUUAAGUAGCAGUUUGGACAGGGACAAGGAGUCAGCCAUCUCACUCUGUGAUUUUGACCUGCGCCCUCCAACCCCAAUUGACCUCAGCCGCAGUAUUGAUGAGGCACUUCAUCGUGAGCAUAUAUUAAGGGGUGAAAGUUUGUUUCAGCCACUGCGACCACCAUCACUUCCUCCAUCUUCACACCUGUGGAUGCGACAGAAUAGUGAGCCCCAAAUCACACUAUCAUUGAGCAGUGAUGAACACACAUUGUUCACAGAGUCCUCUGCAGGUCUGGAUCGCUCCAUUCCUAGUGCUGUGCCUAGUCGACAAGUCACAGCACCCCCUACACCCACUCAUCAGGGCUUUCGUUGGGUCUCUGAGGCACAAGUGCCUUCCUCUUUGUCCUGCCCUGUCUCACUGCACCAUUCCCCAAGCACAAGCUCUACACAUAUACCCAGCACAGAAAACACAAGGUUGUUUCUAACCCCUGACCUUGAAAUUUCGCAAUCAAAUACCAGAGGGGGGCAAAGUUACUUGAAAGUCAGUCUGAAAAAUGAAUCAGCCUGUGUCAGCAGUGACAUUAUUGACAUUUGAACUUCAUGACUCAUAGCAACUCCAGAUUAUAACACAUUCACAUUCUCAAAAAAGUAGAGAUUAUACAUUGAAUCAUGACUUGCAGUCCAGUUGUUGUAUAAUGGCACUUUAAAGGAAGAGGAACACAUUGUUGCAAGUCGCUCAUUCUCAUUUUUUCCUUCAAAAGUCUUGUUUACAGUAAUGCAUAUACUAUAGAUAUCUAAGGGGCAGUGGUUCUUAAUCCUAGUCCUGGGACCCACCACUCUUUACAUUGAAUGUCUUCCUUAUCUGACACACUCAGUUCAAUUCAUGGAGCUCUAACCCAAUGAGCUGAUGAUCUGAAUCAGGUGCGUUUAAAUGAGGAAAACAUGCAGAAUGUGCAAAGCAGGGGGUCCCCAGGACCAGGAUUAAGAACCACUGCAAUGGGGCAAGGUAUACCAGAGACAUAAAUCUGAAGCUUGUAUUUGCUAUAAU